AUGUCCACAUUUCUCCGUGUCCUCGCUGCAUCUACAGCGAUCGGUUCAACCUUCGGCUCAACUUUUCAUGUGUUUGAUAACACAGCCUAUGUCAAUACCUCCAUUGGCUACGGGAGCAACAAUAUCAAUUGGAUCCCCGCCUAUGUAUGCAAUCCUCUGACAACGGGAGGCGUCCUUCCCUCUGCCGACGAAUGGAAAAGCAUCGUGCAAGAAUGGAAUGUCUAUCCUUCCUAUCCGCUAGUGCUUGAUUGCGAAGAUCUUUAUUUUACUUCUGAGUCCACCGCAGAUCUAUAUCUUGAGGUCAUGUCCACUUUGCAAACCUGGGCUGCCGAUGUGAUCCCCGAGGGUCAGAUUAUCGGCUGGUACGGUCUGUCGGGCAACACGGUUUCUUCUCUUUACGACUACUAUCGCAGCCUGAUCGGAAACUAUAGCAACCAUGCAUUCUUUCCGUCGGCCUACACCUACAGUGACAGUUUAUCCAUAUGGAAUACCUCGCUCAGCUCAGUCAUCGAAGUUUCUAAUAUUAUCAAUGACUCCUUGCCGAUCUGGCCCUAUAUAUGGCCCCAGUAUCAUGGCAACUAUUCAUUUUUUCCUGAAAGCCUGUGGCAAAGUGAGUUGGAGGCCCUUGCAGAAAAUUCGAAUUUGGAUGGGUUUGUCAUUUGGGGUGGCAAGAAUCAUGCGGUAUGUAAUGAUGCUUGCCAGGCAAUUGCAGGACAGGAACCAUGGCUUAAUGUCACCCGAAACUUCUUGGACAAUCUGUAUGGAGUCUACGGAAGCGUGGCAGAGAAGUCGGGAGCACAGUUAUUUGACUGA